AUGCCUUCCUUUAAGCAGAUUCAAUCUGCCCUGCUGGCUGCUUGCCUUUUUUCCGCGAGCCAAGUUCUUGCAUAUGGCACAGAAGUCGAGACGAGAUCUUUGGACCAAAUUUACCAAAGUGCAAAGCAUGAACGCGGCACCUUGAAUGUGUACUUUGGCGGCAGCUCACAAGCGGCUGCGGCUCCAAUGCUGACUGCAUUCCGCAAAAAAUUUCCCGAUGUCGCCAUUAAUAUUACCGCCGAUUUGUCGAAAUAUGCCGACUCCCGCAUUGAUCGGAGCUACAUAGAAGGAAAGCCCUUCAUUGACGUGGCAUUGUUGCAAACGGUACACGACUUCCCCCGAUGGGAUAGGCAGCAACGCCUUUUGCAUUAUAAGCCGCCUAAUUUCAAUGACAUCAACCUGUCUAUCAAACAUAUUGACGGAGCAUAUCUACCUGUCAACUAUAAUCAAUUUGGUCCGUUCUACUACGACUCGACGAUUGUACCCGCAAGUCGGGUGCCCAAGACAUAUGCCGAUAUUCUAGACCCUUACUGGAAAAGCAAACUUGUUCUUACUUAUCCCAACGACGACGAUGGUGUUCUGUAUUUGUUUUCUCUCAUCAUUGAACGGUAUGGCUUCAAGUGGUUGGACUCGCUGUUGAAGCAAGAUGUCAUGUGGGUGCGUGGUGCUGCAGCCGCCACCGGCGCCAUCAUUGACAACCAUUCGGCUGGCAAGGGUUCGAGAGUUUUGACCUUUUCUGCGCUGGGCGGGUUUACACCAUCUACGUCUUUCCUUCAAGUCCGUCAACCUGAUUCACCGGACCAGUUCAUGACCUGGGCUCAACAGGCGGCGAUCUUUGCCUCGACACCUCGCCCAGAGAGUUCAAAGCUGUUUUUGUCUUUCUUGUUGAGCAGUGAAUGGCAGUCAACUCUUUCGGCGUCGGGAGGUCCAUCUGUCCGAAGUUCUCUGACUGGCACAAACAAUGUGUUCAUGGCAAACAAUACUCAACCCAGUGGAUACAUCACUUUCAUGGGCGAUCGGGAGAAUGUCGAAUGGUGGCGAAUGCAGAUGGAAACUUAUAUCGGACUUGCCAAGGGACCUGACCCUGCGUUCGCAUGA